GAACAUGUCUUAUCUGUUUAAAUAGGAUAAUUCUUUAUGUCGCCUUUAGUUUAUAUUUUUUUUUUAAAGUUGCUUAAGUGUUCUACCAGUUUUAUUAUUUUUUGGUAUGGAUGGUUAAGUGCUCGAAUACUAGCCAAAAGGUUGACAGUUCAAACCCCCCCAAUGGCGCCUCAGAAGACAGGCUUGGGGAUCUGCUUCUGAAAGGUCAUACGGCCUUGGAAACCUUAUGGAGCUGUUCUGCUCUGCACACGUGGGAUCACCAUAAGUUGGGAUCGACUUGAUGGCAACUGACAACUACAACCCCUCUGAUCUUAGAAUCAUUGACUAUAAUUGCCACUUGGCCAAAAUUAUACUUAUAUUUCUAAUAAUUUUUUUUUCCUAAUAUAAUGCCAAGUAUAACAGUGAAUAUUUAUACCUUUUCUAGAAUAUUCAUCCUUGAGUGAUGGAGGCCACUGCAGUGGUGGGAACAGCUCCUGACAAAGGCUACCAUAGGAAUGGAGGAAACCUCCAGAAAGAUGAGCCUUCCAAUUCAAAGAAAGGAAAGCUGUUAAUAUUUUCCAGUGGUUGUAAAGAAGUCAAAUUUACUGUUGCUGAGGAUGACUGGGAUUCCAGGUCAGAGCAAAGAGCUAAUGACAAGGAAAUCAGUAAUGCUGGCCUGAUAGGUUUGUUGGCGCCGUCUUGUUCAGUGAGCGAAGAUACUAAUGUAGAGAGCGCUCACUCUCAGUCAAGUGAGUUUGAAGACAGCAUCGACUAUGCUUCCUUGAAUGAGACAUACUCUGUACAUUAUUCAGAAUCAAAACUAAAAGAUGAAAGUCAUGUUCUUUUGAAUUCAGAAUUAAAACCUGAAAUGCAGAAAAGAGAUGAGGUGUUUUUUGAUAUCUUGGAACAUCAGUGUAAUAAAACAUGUGGCUUGGAAAGAAUCUACAGGAUUUCAGAUGAUAAUUAUGAAGAAACCGCGAAAGGUGGGCAACAGUCUGAUUUGGAUGACGACUCGCAGCAGGAAUAUCAUAGUGCAGAAGAGCAAGAAUGUUUAAGUAGCCAUUUAUCUUUCGGCCAAAUGAAAAUAUUACAUAUAUCUAAUCGGGAAGUAGUUGGAUUAAGAAAUUCAGGUGAUGGAGCUAGAUGUGCUAGCAAUGUAGGGGAUAAUGACGUCACACCGGGAGGUGGUUCUGUCAUCGCUUUAGAUUCAUUCGAUGUCUGUAGACAAGAAGAUGUCUCCAAACUCCAGAAUCCUGUUAGCGUAAGAGAGUGUCACGAACUAAAGCAUGAAAAGCAUAGGGAACAAGAAACUAGCUCAACAUACCACACGGUAUUUGAUGAAGUUACACUAAGCAGUAGUUCUCUUGAAAACCAGGAAUCUCAGUCUAAGAGCGGUUUCUUGAAUCCUCAAAGAGCACUAGAAACUAAAAUGUAUACUGACAAAAUGAAAUCUCAAAUAACUGCAAGUAAGGAUUUUUGUGGAAAUAUAGUUGUUGAGAAAAAUACAGUACAGUGCCUUGAAAAUCCGAGUGCAUUAUCACAGGAAGAGGCUUUAGAGACACUGCUGCAGCCCUGUGAAGACCGUCAAGCCUCCGGGACCUCUGUUUUUGGCGAUUCAGUGAAUUCUGCCUGUAGAUACUCACGUUACAAAGGUCUACGAAACACCUCAGACUCAGCCUUGGAUUUUUCAGUUACUCUCCCAAGGAUUGCGGUCAAAGAUAAUCAGGCAACGGAAGAUUGCUCCCUAAAAGUGGCUAAUAGCAAUACCGCAGAUAAAACAUGCUCCCGUGAUACGGAAGGAACACGUCCUAUACCCGCGAUGGGUGCUGCAAGGUGUACAGUUACGGUUCAUCAGACAGUGGAUGUUAGCACUGAUUUCAGGGCUUGUUUCACAACCAGCAGGGCAACAAGUGCAAGGUCUGCUGUGGUGUCCACAUCGAGCAACACAGAGAUAACAAUGAUGAAUAAAAAACGGCCUGGCGAAUGGCAGAAUGAGAAACAAAGAAGUGUGGCUUGUAAUACAGAGUGGUCAUCCAGUCAGGACUGUGAAGACCCACAGACGGCCGUGACAAAAGGACCAGGAAAAUCGCUCUCAGCUGACAGUGUAAAACCUAGUGGACAUUUCCUGAAUAAGGAUUCUCUGGAAUUAAGAAAAACACUUGAUGUCACAGACUUAAAGAAACCUCCCCAGAGGGAAUUUCAGCUUUCUGGAGAGAUGGAGAAGAGUUUCCCAUCAAAGUGCUGCCAGGAGAUAAUGCAGAGAGCCCUCAAAGCCGAGCUGCACCUUCUAAACGUUCACUAUCAGAUGUGCCACCGCCAUUGUUUUGACAUUUACAAACUUGUGAUGGAAAAUCAGGAAGGAAUAAAUAGGAACUUACCCAGUAAUUCUGCUAAGAAGGAAUUAGGAUCAGCACUGCUGUCUGUCUUGGGAGACUUAAAAGCUAGAUACGUAAGUCUGAAAGAAAAAAUCGACAAAGGCAUACCACUGGAAGAGCUGCCCCCAUUGUCAGUAGAAUCCAAAUUAUUAUCUACCUUUUCUGCGUUUGCUUCCAAGCUAAUGAAAGAAGAAACACAUGUCCUUUUAGGAGCUGAUUCCGAGCUAGGUGGUCAAAGCGUGCAUCACGAUGCGGACCCUCCAAGCCUAAAGGAGACGCUCUCUCAGAUGUCUUUAUUACCUGACAACUGUCAUCCUAAACAAGAUGCAUCACCUAAGAAAGAGGGUUCAAAUAAUGCUGAUAUAAAUGAAGACUUCAGUCACCUGAAACUUGAGGAUAAAGACUGCAAAAAUUAUGAAGAACUAGGUGAAGACUGGUUUGAUGCUAAAGAGAACCUUACAGGAGUUGAUGUCUCCGGAAUACAAGAGAAUCAGAUAGAACAAGACAGAAGGAAUCCAAAAUUUACACUAGAGAUGAAGAGUGCUGAACCUUUACGAAGAGAUAAAGGGUAUUUGGUCCACGUCGGUGGUCUCUGCCCUUCCGUGUCUGAGGCUGAUUUAAGAUCUCUUUUCCAGAAAUACCAAGUUUCUGAAAUUUCAAUUUAUGAUUCUUCUACUAAUUACAGAUAUGCAUCUCUUGCUUUUAAAAAAAAUAGUGAUGCAAAGAUGGCUGUGAAAGAAAUGAACGGAAUGGAAAUAAAUGGGAAAUCGGUAAAUGUGCGGCUGGUUAAGACUCCUGGAGAAUACGCGUCACCAAUUUCCUCCAAGACGGGAAACAGGCUUAGUUUGAAUAAUGUGGAAAAAAGCACCAGCAGAGAAGCCAACUCAGCCGCCUGCAUUUCUAGAUUGCCCAGAACGAGGCCGAGGCAGCUAGAGUCUGAGCCAGACAGUGAGUCUUCUCCUUUCGACCAGAAGGGUGUCAAGAAGAAUUGUAAAGAGAUUGAAUCUACUAAAUUAUUACCUGAUACACCUACUCAGUUCAUACCUCCAAAUACUUUGAACCUGCGUAGCUUUACCAAGAUAAUGAAGAGACUGGCUGAACUACACCCAGAAGUCAGCAGAGACCGUAUUGUCAGUGCCCUUCAGGAAGUCAGACUGAGUCAUAAGGGUUUUCUGAAUGGCUUAUCUAUUAACACUAUUGUGGAAAUGACUUCAUCUGUUUUGAAAAACUCUGCUUCCAUUUAG